AGGCGUGGUCACGUGCGUGAAACUGGAAAAGGGCGGAGUAACGCACACGUCGAAAACACACGCAGGUAGACCACUUAUUCGCCUUUGUCGUGAGUCACGGAAGGAAAUUCAAUCAAAACUCGCGCAACUCUACGAAAAACACACUUGGUGCCUGUAAACGGGAUUAGAAGAAGAUUUGUUAUUGUAUAGUGGAAAUCAGCGGUAGUCUUUACGCAGCGUCGCUGGAGUUGUCAAAAUGGACAGCACCUCCUCUCAUUCGGAGUGGAGCUGAAGUUAGUAGGCAAGGAACUAAAUCGUUUUCGGUGAGAGGCAGGGGCGGACCUGCCAGGCGGGACAUGCUGAUGGACCAGGACACACAGUGGCUGUACCAGCUCCUGGCUGAGGUGCAGUUGGAGAAGUUCUACCUUCGGGUCCGAGAUGGUCUUAACAUCACACGCAUUGAGCACUUCGCCUAUGUCAAGGAGGGAGACUUGGAGCACAUUGGCAUCAGCAAACCUGCACAAAGAAGAUUAUGGGAUGCUCUGAAACGCCAUAAAGCGUCACGGUCUCGACCAUGGACGAAGGUGUUCAGUGGUCGUGAAGGAGAUGCGUCUCCAGGUCCAAACCAGGAGGGCUCAGGCAGCAGGAUGUUCCCGUCUCUAAUCCAGGACAGUGAGCUGGUCCUAGCGGAGAAACUGGGCUCAGGAUCCUUCGGGGUGGUGCGAAGGGGGGAGUGGCACACCCCAAAUGGGAGAGUGUUACCUGUAGCUGUCAAAUCUCUUAAAAAUAGCCGAUCGGCACAAACUGACACACUGGCAGACUUCCUUCAAGAAGUGUCCACUAUGCAGUCAUUAGACCACCCCAACAUCAUAAGAUUGUAUGGAGUGGUUAUCACACAGCCUUUGAAGAUGGUGACUGAACUCGCUCCUAUGGGUUCCCUCUAUGACACCUUGCGUGCUCGUCAAUAUGAAUACCCCCUUCUGCGACUUUGGCUGUUUGCGACUCAGAUUGCAGCUGGCAUGGACUAUCUGGAAUGCCGAAGAUACAUUCACCGAGAUCUGGCUGCAAGAAAUGUCCUACUGUCUUCCAGAGAGGUGGUUAAAAUUGGGGACUUUGGUCUGAUGAGGGGACUGAACCAGGAAGCAGACCACUAUGUGAUGUCAGCCCACAGGCGCAUCCCAUUUGCAUGGUGCGCUCCAGAGAGUUUGCGUGUGGGCUCCUUCUCCCACUCCUCUGACGUGUGGAUGUUUGGCGUCACUUUGUGGGAGAUGUUCACAUACUGCGAGGAGCCCUGGUUUGGCCUGUCAGGCAGACAGAUCCUGUGGCGUGUAGAGCGAGAGGGGGAGAGAUUAGAAAAACCAGCAGACUGUCCACAAGAGAUGUACAUUGUGAUGAGAAAGUGCUGGGCUGUCAAUCCUUCUGAUAGACCCAAUUUUGCUCAGCUUUGCACAUUAGUGGCAGAGGCUAAACCAAUGGAAGUACAGGCAGCAAGGGAGUUUUGUGAACCCAGAAAGCUUGAACUUUUACCCAAUGACUUGGUGACUGUCAUUGAUCAUGGUCUGGAUAUGACCGAAUGGAAAGGUCAGAACCAGCGGACUCUGAGCGUUGGUUGGUUUCCCGCCAUUCUUAUCAUGCCUCCGCCUCCACCUGCUGCUGCUGCUAUUCCCAUCCCCGUCUCCAUCCCAGUCCCAAGCUCGCCCUUCAUCUCGCCACCCGUGAAGGGGAGUCUGCACCAUACGGGACAUAGGGACAUUAAACCAGACCAGAGCUGGGGCUCACCCGAGGACAUUGGCUGGAGACCUGGGCCUGAAAGGGAAAAGGAAGGCUCCAAUUUGCAGAAAAUGGCAGGUUUGUCUCUGUCUCUGGAGUCUGUCCUUGGUGGGGGACGUCCCAGAGCUAAUACAGUGGGAAUGGUCCGAGUGGAUGCACAUGGAAAACUCAUGCCUCCCGAGAUGGCUGCGCGCAGUGUGGUGACCCCCCAGGACCCCCGGCGAUUCAGCGAGGCCAGCAUUAUCCCCCCUCCGCGCCCUCCUCCUCCAAACCUCAAACGUCUAAACAUGAAACCCCACCAGAGACGCCCCAAUAUCCAGCAGAUACCACAGAGUUCGUGGCCUCCCCCUGGCGUAUUGUCCCCCCCACCACAGCAGCCCCCGCCUCAGCCAUUCACAGGGGGCGGCAACCUGGUCAAAAUGGCGCACAUGGCUCGCUCCACGCCUCAGCUGGAUGACUGUGACAGCAAAGAGAGGGAGAGGCCGAGAGAUAAAGCACCUCAUGUCUACAGCACCAAGGAUACAAUCAUUGCACAGGUGAUGGAGGCGGUUCAUGGCGUGACGACAGAAGAGGUCCACAGCGCGCUGCAAAGAUGUGACUGGAACCCAAUAAGAGCUGAGCAGCAUCUGAAGUUGGAGCAGCUCUACUCGCUCAGCCUGUGCUCCAGAGAAGACUGUGUGAGGAUCCUAUCUAAAUACCAAUGGAACCUACAGCUGGCCAGUCGAUACCUACUCCGAUGGUCUCGGGAAGACAGGCCAGGCCCUAGUGAGCGUGACCGGCCUCAGAUUAGCGCAGAGAGACGAGUGUGAAUGAGUGAAGCUGGUUCGUCCUUUUUGGCUGACUGGCUCAGAAGAGAUAGUUUCUUUUUUUCACAGAACACUGGUUUGAAAUGGUGCAGGCCUCAACACUGUGAAUGUACAUUAGAGGACAAUGAAGUGUAAAAAUGAUUGAUUAGUUACAUUCUGUUUAUUCUGUUUUUAUACUUUUAAAGAUUAUAACACUCACGUUUUACACCUGUAUAUAUUCUAAUUAAUGUAUAUGAAUAAAUUUAACUUUAUCUUAAAUUA